UGUAACUUGAGCCUGCGAUUUUGCCAGUUACUAAACUGGUCACACUGGCUGCACGACAAAUAAACAUAAACGUAAAAUGCUACCUGGCGUUGGCGUAUUUGGAACGGGUGAAAUUGCCAAUGUGCUGGUGCCACUGCUACGAGAAAAAGGCUUUGAGGUGCGCGCCAUCUGGGGCCGCACCCUCAAGGAGGCCAAGGAGACGGCGAGCGCACAGAAUGUCGCCUUCCACACCAACGUCAUAGACGAGGUGUUGCUGCGCAAAGACGUCGAUCUGGUGUUCAUAGUGUGUCAGCCCUUUUUACACGCUGAGAUCUCGGUAAAAGCGCUGGGCAUUGGCAAACAUGUGGUUUGUGACAAACCUGCUGGACUACAUCAGAUGGACGCAUUGAAAAUGGUGCGGGCAUCACAAUACUAUCCAACACUCAUAUCGCUGGUGAAUCAUCCGUUGCGGUUUUUGCCCGCCUUUACACAAAUGCGUCGCUGUCUGCAGGAGGAGCUGAUUGGGCCGCUGGCGGCCGUCGUGCUGAUGGAUGUACGCGUCCAGCUGGGCACACUCUUUCCUGAGAAGUACAACUGGAUGUGCGACGCACAGAUGGGCGGCGGUGCCCUCAAUCUGGUGGGCAGCGUUGUGGAUCUAGUUAGCUAUCUACUGCAACAGCAAGCGGUGCGUGUGCAUGGCGUGCUCAGAUCGUACACGAAGACAACGGGUGCCAUCAAUGGCAUACGGCAAAUUACAGCGCCGGAUUUCUGCAAUUUCCAAAUGGAACUGGCCAGUGGAACAUUGGUCACAGUAGCGCUGCACAGUCACACUGUGCCCGCUAAAACGUUCUCGCAGGAGGUGCUCGUUUAUGGUAGCAAAGGACAUCUGGUGGUGCGUGGCGGCGAUUUAUUUGUGCUGAAGGAGGGACAACCGAAGGAAGAAGCAGUGUAUGUAGAUGUGCAGGACUUACAUUUCUCCACAAACAACUCUUUGCUGCCACGUCCCUACAUCAAGGGACUGUGCAAAAUGGUCGGCGCAUUAAAGGAAGCCUUCGGCAGCAAGGAGUCCAGCUGGAUUAAGGCACCCGUUUCCACAGCAGCCACGUUUGAGGAUGGUCUCUAUGUUCAAGCUGUCGUCGAGGCGAUACGAAAAUCAAACGAGACGCGUCAGUGGCAACGUGUCCAGCUAUCGACGGAUACGCCUCUCAAUCACGAUCAGAUCAUAAGAUAUGGCUAUGCACGCAUGUCCACAAUGUGAAGCACAUACAUAGAUAGAUAUUUAUACUACUAUAUAGGUAUUAACUCAUUGGCCGACUUACUAAACAAAGCAAUUCACUAAUCGGCGUCAACCGUAAAUGUAUUUAACUUAUUGUAUUAGCAUUUAUAUUCGUGCAUUAACAAAGCGUAAUUGUUUUUUUUUAGACCGUAAGUUUAACUUAAAUCGAAUAAGCAAGUUUGAUAUAUAUAUACAUAUAUAAUAUAUAUAUUUUUCCAAAUUUUGUAUAAAUUAACUAGACAAAUCUGUAGAUUAUUCCCCCAUGUCAAGUGCUCUCCGAUUUGUAUUUAACUGUGCAAUCAAAAUCAUUCUAAAAAUACAACUAAACACAUUCGAAAUUAUGCAGCAACUCAAGUACUAUAUUGUUAAGUUUGAUUUGCCAUAACUAAUUGAAGAUAUACGUAUUUUAAUAUGUAGAUUUCCAAACGCAUUUGUAAGAGAACAUUAAUUCCAAUUACAAAUUUACCAUUUUAUUUAAUCAAAUAAAAAAGCCACAAAAAUUAGAAUCCCUUAAGUGUGCUAAAUUGCUUAAACUAAAACUUACACUAACUAAAAACAUGAAUAUUCAAAAUUUAAUGAUCACAAUGUAUCUUUGUUUGUUGACCUUAAAAGUGGAAUCUGGUUGUUCUGUGUAGUUUCUG